AUCAUACUGAGGCCCUUAUUCUACUCGAGGUACGUAAAGGUGGCCUAGGUGAGCCUUUCGCUGCUAGAACGCUGUUUGGUUGGUGUAUCAAUGGUCAAUCUCCAGUUGGUAAGAUCGGUCGUACAGUUGUGUCACAUUUUGUAAGUGCUUUGUCUGCUCCAAUUGUUGAUAACAUACAUGCACUGUGGAAGAUUGGAAAUGAGGAAAGAGAUGCUGAUGAUGAGAUAAUGAUAGAGGGAAGAGAUGCUGAUGAUGAGAUAACCCCAGUCGCAGAAGGAGCGUGUCAGCGGAUAAUCUUGAGUUAAAAAGAAAGCCAGUUAGAGUGUGUCAUGUGGCAGAUGUUGGCACGGAUCGUAGUUCACAUGGUGGGAAUCCUGUAGACUUGAUGGCAAAUCAUUUUUCUGGGUGGUUCAGAAUGAAAAGAGCGAUUGCAUGGUGGAUCAGGUUAGCAGAUGUCUGUAAGCAUAAAACGGUAAAAUUAGGCUCAUUGGUUGUUGGUCACAUUCAGCAUGCAGAGCGUUAUUUAAUCAAAUCUGCUCUGGAGCGUUGUUAUCCUCAGGAAAUUAAAAGGUUAUCCGAGGGGAGGGAAAUCAAGAAAUCAAGUUCUUUGAAGCAUCUGUGUCCAUACCUUGAUGAUAAUAGUUUACUCAGGGUAGGUGGACGGUUGAGCGAGUCGAAAUUGACAGUCAGAAACCCAGUUAUCAUUCCAGGAAAUCAUGCUGUGGCUAAGGCUAUUGCUACUGAAUAUCAUAAUACAGCACAUCUGGGUGUUGAGUUGACUCUCGGUCUGGUUAGACAAAAGUUCUGGAUAGUGCGAGCUCGACCAUUGAUUAAAAGGAUUAUUCGGUCCUAUAUCACCUGCAGGAAGUUAUUUGCUAAACCCAGAUGCCAGAUCAUGGCCGAUCUCCCACAGGAGAGAGUAGAUAGUGAUAAGCCUCCCUUUACCUAUGUGGGGAUUGAUGUAUUCGGGACUUUUUUGGUCAAAGUCAAUCGGUCAGAAGUGAAACGUUACGGGUGCAUGUUCACUUGUCUCGUGUCCCGAGCAGUUCACAUUGAGAUGUUGUAUAGUUUGGAGACAGAGUCGUUCAUUAAUGGUUUUCGUAGAUUUAUCUCCAGGAGAGGUCACCCAGACAAGGUAUAUUCGGAUAAUGGAACGAAUUUUGUAGGAGCCAACGCCGAGCUCAAGAGGGCUCUCAAUGAGCUUUCUCGCAACGAAAUCGAGGCGUACGCUUUACGAAGAAACAUAGACUGGCAUUUCAAUCCUCCCGCAGCUUCUCAUAUGGGUGGGGUAUGGGAACGCAUGAUUGGUUGUGCCAGAAGAGUCAUGGAAGGGUUUUUGGUUGGUCCCGUAAAAUUAACUGAUGAUAUCCUUGAAACGUUGUUUGCAGAAGUUGAAUCAAUCAUAAAUGGAAGACCACUUACAAAAUUAAGCGAUGACCCCAGGGACCCCACUCCUCUCACACCCAACCACUUGUUACUUCUACGUGCUGGGUCAACGAUCCCCCCGGGUAAAUUUGAUAAGUCAGAUGUUUUCCGUCGUCGUUGGCGACAUGUUCAGCAUUUAGCUGACCAGUUUUGGAUAAAGUGGGUCAGGAUGUACCUUCCUGAACUGCAGAAACGCAUAAAAUGGACUGAAAGGAAAACGAAUACCACUGUGGGUGAUCUCGUUCUUCUCUUAGAGGAACACACGCCAAGAAAUCUCUGGCCUUUGGGCAUUGUCGUGGAAGCAUUCGAAGGUAGAGAUGGGAAUGUCAGGUCUGUUCGCAUGAGAACGAAAUCUACGGAACUGGUAAGGCCAAUCACAAAGAUUGUCUUGUUGGAAUCUGCGUGUUGAGUUUAGGUACCUAUUUGUCGGGGGUUCGGUCGUCGGUAAUUUCGUUGAAAGCGAAAUAACG